GGGCGGCCGCGGCGGGACUGCACGAGGCGGGGGCGUGGCGGGCGGCGCGCCGUUCCCCCCUCCGGCGGCGGCGCGAUGGUGCGGGCCGGCCGGGGAGUUGUGAGCUCUGGGUUUGAACCGGCCAACUUCUCCGGCGGUCGGGGGCGAGCGCCAGGGCUGCGGCGAGGGCGAGUGAUGCGCAGAGCUGAAACCAUGGUCCAUCAGGUGCUCUACCGGGCGCUGGUCUCCACCAAGUGGCUGGCGGAGUCGGUUCGGGCUGGCAAGUUGGGGCCUGGCCUGCGGGUGCUGGACGCGUCCUGGUACUCGCCGGGCACCCGCGAGGCCCGCAAGGAGUACCUGGAGCGCCAUGUGCCCGGCGCCUCCUUCUUUGAUAUAGAGGAGUGCCGGAACGCGGCGUCGCCGUACGAGAUGAUGCUGCCCAGCGAGGCCGACUUCGCCCACUACGUGGGCCGCCUGGGCAUCAGCAACCAGACCCACGUGGUGGUUUACGAUGGUGACCACCUGGGCUCCUUCUAUGCGCCGCGGGUCUGGUGGAUGUUCCGUGUGUUCGGCCACCGCACCGUGUCGGUGCUCAACGGCGGCUUCCGGAACUGGCUGAAGGAGGGCCACCCGGUGACAUCUGAGCCCUCACGCCCAGAGCCGGCUAACUUCGAAGCCACACUGGACCGCUCCCUGCUCAAGACCUAUGAGCAGGUGCUGGAGAACCUUGAGUCUAAGAGGUUCCAGUUGGUGGAUGCCCGGUCCCAAGGACGGUACCUGGGCACCGAGCCAGAGCCAGAUGCAGUAGAGAUUGCGCAUUUUCGCAGGCCCCUUGCAGCAGGACCGCGAGAUCCCAGCAGAGACUGGGCAGGUCCCCCUCACCCAGGGGCGUGCGAAGUAACUCGCCCAUCCUGGUGGGAUAUUUCACUGCAAACUGCAGGAGGGGAUACCUUUCCAUGGAACCCGAUGGGGGCUGGGCUCGAGCUCAUGAACCAUGAGAUCAUCACCUGAGCCGAAAUCAAGAGCCGGCUACUCAACUGACUGAGCCACCCAGGCGCCCCUCUGUUGUCCCCUUUUGCAGUAUGACCCCCCCAAUCACUGUUUGGUUGACGAGGGUGUCUAAACGUGGCAUUUCGUUUCUCUAAUCCCCUAAUGGUGGCAGCCUGGUUUGGUGAUCGGGGAAAGCUUGGGCUAGGCCAGACACGGUGUCUACACAAAGCAAGCAUAGCGAAAACCUUCACUGAGGGAGAGAGGAGGCAAUAUAACCAAUUUGCCCCUCUGUCGUCAAUGGGGGAAUUCUCGUGAAUGACCCCAGGCCCCUUUGCCAGUCACCUUGGGUGCUGCUUACAAUACACGGGGCAUGCUGUUAGUGGAUUAACCAAAUCACUGUAUUUCAGGGGCAAUCAAGCAUCCUUGGCAAUAGGCCAGCCUACCCGGGCAUGCUGGCAGCCACUCUCUCCGUGCAUCCGAUCGGCUGUAUCUACUGAAGGUUGUACCCGGGCUAGGGCCUCAGCCUCCUGAUUGCCGGGGGGGGUGUCAGUGCCUCGUGAACCGGGAUAUGGAGAAGGGGAGGACUGCCUCAGACUCUUGCAGGCGAGCCCAAAUAUUCCCUCAUAUGCCCUGACCCCAUAAGGGCCCACUCAUGGUCAUCCACCCGUCCGCAACCCCAGUAGGGUUGAUCCCUUUAAAAUAGGCCAGCUGUCGGUGCAAAAAGGGCAAAAGUCCAGGGUGCGGCGGGGGGACUCUGAGCCCUCUGAGUUCAGCCCACUGGCUGCCGUGGCUUACUCCUCCCCGAGAGUCUCCAUCCGGAGGAGCCCUGUGGACCCACUGCCAGGAGCUGGUGCUCUGUGGGGGUGACCAGAGGUUUUGCCCCCUUUCCAGAGCUGCGACUAAAAUCCUAGGGGGACUCUCUGUGUAAUUAAUUCUUAUUCAGGUCAGUGGUAUGAUCUUAGUUAUCAGAAACCUCUAUUUCUCCGUCUUUUCCAUGAAUCUCCCCGAAGGUGGAACACCUGAGGGGGACGGAACGCUUUUGCAAAAGCAUCCGAAGUGAAGCAGUAACUCCGGGUAAGAGUUCAUGCUAAUGCAAUUGACAAGGGGAUUCGGUUAUUUUGAGGGUAUAUAUUUUAAAGUAAUCACCAAGGUUGUGAUCAAUUGAUGCUGUUAUACCACGACAUACCAGAGUUUUAGGAAUAUUUUUUAGGGUUUUUUUCAUUUUAUUUUGAGAGGGAGAGACAGUACAAGCGGGGGAGGGGCAGAGAGCGAGGGAGACCCAGAAUCCGAAGCAGGCUCCAGGCUCUGGCUGACAGCUCAGAGCCUGACGCGGGGCUCCAACCCGUGAACUGCCAGGUCAUGACCUGAGCAGCAGUUGGACGUUUAACCGACUGAGCCACCCAGGCGCCCCUCCUUUUUAGGAAUUUUAUAUACUUUCUGGAACACUUCUAUCAACAGCUUCCAUAUACAUAUUUCCUAAGGAAAAUGUAGUUAGCAUUUCUUCCUACUUGACUUCCCAUGUAAUUUAACAUGUGAAAUGAGUCUAAUUAGUUUCAUAUUUCUCUUUUACAAGGAGGAAAAAACCCAAAUCUUUUGAGAUGGUCCAGGAAAAUCCCCAAGUUAGUCCAGGGUAGGUAAGGUUUCAUUGAGAAUUUGAUUUAGGGGAAUUUUGUCUAAAAUAUCAAAAGGUUUUAUUUAUUUAUUUAUAUUAGUUUGUAGAUUUAUAUAGAAGAGUUUUAGAUUCGCAGAAAGAAUUGCAAAGAAAGGACAGUUCCCAUAUACCCCCACACCCAGUUUCCCGUAUUAUUAACAUCUUAUAUUAAUUAGUGUGGUACAUUUGUUACAGUUAAUGAAUACAGGUACAGUACAUCCAUUCAUUUAAUAUAAAAAAAAAAAGUCAGAGCCAAGAGAAUUCUAAGGAGACAGGAAGAUUAAAUAUAAUGUGGUCUCCUAGACGGGGUCCUGGAACAGAAAAGGCAUUUCAUAAAAGUAAGGAAAUGUGAAUAAAAUAUAGACUUCAGUCAAAAGGUUUUAAAAUACACGGUCGCAUAGGAUCGCGGGUCGUGGUGAAACAAUAUUCACUUAUCCGUUUAACCAAAAUGACAAUUAAAGGCCUCAAAGGCAGGUAUAGAAGUUGCAUGCUUGUAGAAAAAACAAAAAAAAAACAAAAACAGAAACAAAACUGAAAACCAAAAACAUAGCUCUUUUAAUAGAGAAGACUCUGCUUUUUUCUUAAGUAAUCAAAGACCUGAUCAAGACUAUAUGAAGUAUAGGAAAUUAUUAUUUUAUUAUUUUUUAAAUGUUUAUUUUUGAGAGAGAGAGAGAGAGAGAGAGCAGGGGAGGGGCAGAGAAAGAGGGAGACACAGAAUCCAAAGCAGGAGCCAGGCUCUGAGCUGUCCGCACAGACCCCGACGCAGGGCUCGAACUCAUGAACUGUGAGAUCAUGACUUGAGCCGAAGUCGGACACUUCACCAACUCAGCUACCCAGAUGCCCUGAAAUUAUCUCGAUAAAACACAGUAUCUUUGUUUGACCAUCCUGUCAAGAACGGACUGAUAGUUCAAGAAACUGUUAUCCUUUAUGGCGGGUGAGAGCAAAUGUAAUUUCAAUUUUACCUAAGUGCACUUUGAUAUAUAGCUUAUUUUUAAGUUGAUUAAAUAGAGCUCUUGUACAAAUUAAUUUUGGUAAUACCUUCAGAAGGUAGAAAAACAUAUAUACUUAGCCCAUAGCCAUAGACAUAUGUAAACGUAGAAACAGCCAGAGACCCUGUAACUUAGCCUUUGAUGAGUAAUCUUAGGAAGGCUGUGGGCCAGGCUUUGGACAAGGGAACUUCUAGAGCAAUCUGUACGCUUCCCCCCGCCCUCCCCCAGAUUUUGUCCUCCAGUCUCUGUGGAUAGUGUUUUGGUUAACUCCUGGGGUGUUUACAUAUCAAAGACAUGAUAAAAUUUACGACUGUGACUUUCCAGAGAAAGAAUGUCGAUUAUCCCCCAGGUUUGGGGGCAAUUGCUAUUUAUUUAUUUAUUUAUUUAUUUAUUUAUUUAUAAAUGCUUAUUUCUCUAUUUUUGAGAGAGAGAGAGAGGGCAAGCAGGGGAGGGGCCGGGAGAGAGGGAGAGAGAGAAUCCCAAGCAGGCUCCGCGCGGUCAGCACAGAGCCGGACGUGGGGCUUGAACUCAUGAACCUGGAGAUCGUGACCUGAGCCGAAGUCAAGAGUCAGACGCUUAACCGACUGAGCCACCCAGGCGCCCCACAAGUGCUAUUUAAGGUUCUGCUUUGCAUUUGGGGUGGGAAGGCAGGGGGGCAUUUCCACUUUCUCCUCCACCGCAACAUCCUCGAUUCUGGUCGCUUGCUCAAGGAUUCCCCUCUCGGCGCCCUAAUCAGGCUUUGUCACAGGCUCCUGAAUCUCAAUCCACAGCAUCUCGUGCCUUCCUCACCUUGCACAAGGGCACGCUAACCUCCGAUGGACUGCCCUGCUCUCCCACCUUGGCUGCCGGCCCCGGAGCCGGCAGGGUAGGAGACGCCCGCUCGUCCUUCUCAAACCUCAGCUCUUCCCACUUUCCAACUUGACUUUCAGCCAGCCCCAGAUGCAGAGAGCAGGGGGAGACUGAAGAAAGGGGCAGACGGCUCCAGAUAUGUGGGUGGCAGGUUUAAGAAGCAAGGGAACUUACUUACAAGGCUUGUCUUGACCGGCCGCAAGAUGAGUAGAUUUCUGCAUGCACCUGCCAAGCCUUAAAAGUUUAUACGGAGGCCUUGACUGGGUUGAGUCCCAUACACGUCAUGCAGCUGGUCUCAACGCCGCAUGACUGUCUCCAGGCCAUGUCCUUGGGGCAGCUUCUGGGAGCAGGGAAGGCAAGCAGAAUGCACAUUCCCAGCGCAGGGGUGGGGACGAGAGGCGUCCGAGGGCCAGGGUCCAGCUCGUGGGGCAACCAGCGGUCACACCCUCUCGAUGCCCCCCCCCCCCCAGUGACUGGCCUCCUCCUGGCCAAAGCUGGAACCCAAAGUCCCAGGCCUCUGAGCAGCUGAGGAAUAUGAGGGGUCAUCUCAUCUUUCCCCCUGCCUCCUCUCCCUUUCCAAGAAAGGUUCAGGGUGGUCCAAGAACACAGGUUUUUAGGGUCGGACACGCCUGACUCCACAGGCCUGUGUGUCCUGAGGUAAGCCACCUCACCUCUCUGAGCCUGGGCUCCCCAUCAUCUCCUGGCUUUGUGAGGAUUUGGAAGGUUCUGGAGCGAACCCACUGCCUGACGCCUGGGGCCAGAGGUGUCGGCCUGGCGGCAGGCCCACUGGGGGGAGGAAAGCCACGGGCCUGCAGUGGAAGCUAGGCUUAGGAGAAAAGGCCCCUGCUUCUGGGUCCUUCUGCUGGCUGUUCUCCAAGGCUCUCUGGGCUGGGUUCGUCCCGGCCCUUGCCAUGCACAGGCGGUCAGCACCUGCUCAUUUAAAUUCCUCGGACAGGCCCUGAGCCCUUGCUGGCAGAGACGAGGGGGACCCCCGCCUCCUGGGGCUGGCCCAGUUUGGGAAGCCAGAGUCACGGAAACCCCCAGACUUCUCUACUCCCAAGAGGUGCCUUUUAUGCAACCAAGAAAGCAGGGGCGCUGUUGGCAUCGGGGACCAGAGGAAAGAAACAAGACGGCAUUCAGAACGCCACAGACACUCGCGCUUUGAAAUGCACUUCCUUUCAGCCCACUGCCUGGAUGCCCAAAGAUUUCUAAGUUGGAUUUCUUGGCACGGGAGGCCCUUGAAGCCAACAGAUCCAUUGGCUUCUCCCUGGUAGGGGCGGCAGGCGUCCAGCCUCCAAUGAAAAUUUCCAGACGAAAAGACAAAAUUCCCACAGGAAAGACUCCCCGGAAUGUAUAAGUGGAGACCUCUAUUCGGUCAAAGGAACCCCUGACUCAUGCCGGUGGAUUUUUGGAAUCUUCUUUGGCUUCAGGGGAUGGGGGUUGGGACAUUGCUGGCAUGACUGUGCACCUACUGUGUGCCCGGGGUCACUAGGGGCUUCUGCCUACAGUGGCUAAUCUUCCCCAUGAGCCUGUGACGUAGGCGGGGUUAUCUGUCCAUUUCACGGGUGGGGAGGCUGAGGCUUAGGGAUGCAGGGCCUCCUGGCUGCACCCUGCCCCAGUGUGUGUCUUCGUCCAGUCCCCUCCCUCCCCCUGCUGCCCACCUUGGUCCUGCUCUGUCCCACAGGCCAGGUUAAGGGGGUGGGGUGGGGGGUUUUGGAGGAAAGGGAGCUCCAAGAGGCGCCCAGACCUGCCUUGGGCCCCGCUCCCAGCAUCCAAAGACUGCCAGGGUGUGGGGUGUUUGAGGAAGAGAGGAGUGGCCUUUGGCAUGCUAAGGGUGGGACCAAGGCCUCCGCCCAGACCCCUUUGCCCCACUUGCUGGCUAUUCUGAAAGCACAUUUGGUCUCAGACUCACUGGGAGGGGAGACUGUUCCGGAAGGGACCUCGACCAGCUCAAACCUCCCACUGUGCUCCUAGCCAAGCCUCUCAGGGUUGCUAGGACGGCCCUGCAGGGACCACCCCUCGCUGUCCUCACCUGCCCCCAAGGGAGGCGGUGAGGUGGCCAGAGCAUCGGCCUCUGAGGGUGGGUGGGCCGGCCUCAGUAGUCGGGGCCUUACCCCUGACAACAGCCCCUGCCCGUGAGUACUCUCAUUCCCGUUCAAGCCCUGGGGGAAACUGGGGCCCAGAGAAGUGACGGGACUUACUUAAGGGGUCACCCUGCUGGUAAGCGGCAGAGCUGGGAUUCAAGUGUACGUCUAGCACCAGGUCACAUGUGCUUAACGGGAACCUCAGGGGACUCGGUGGAAUCCCGGGUCUGCCUUCGCCUCUCUGUGUGGCCUCAGCUGAGCCAUCGCGCGUGGCCAAGCCUCAGCGUAUUCAUCUGCAAAAUGGAGCGACAUUAUGUGUAACGAAUCACGGGGUUAUCCGUUUAGCGUCUGUCUUCCCCGCCUGGCUGUGAUCUCCCCGAGAGCCGGCCCAUCUCUCCCACCGCUGUGUUCUUCGCCAUCAGCACAGCUCGUAGCGUUCGCUUCUCAGCAACCCUACGAGACAGCUGUGUGCCAUUGGGCCCAUUUUACAGACGGGCAAACCGAUUCAGAGAAGUGAAGCGUUGUCCGGGGUAAAACGGUAGUGUAAAGGUUGGUGAGCGGCAGAGGUGAGACUCACCCCUGUCCCCUCAAGCAGGUAUGGCAUCGGACAUCCCUGCUUCAAGGCAGGGUUUGGGGGCAGAGCGCCCUUUGGCUUCUGUCUCAAGCAUUGACUGUAGGUUGGGCCAGGAGGAAAUUGAGCUCCAAGAAGGGCAAAAGCCUUACGUUCCUUCGUGUAGCUCCUAUCCUUAUAGCCUCAGCGGGUUUGGGCCCCCAGGCCGCCCU